AUGCGCCUGUCUGCUUACUUAUCAAAGGACACAUCAGAAGAACAGGGAGAUGUAAAUUUGGCCCUCACAGCUCUUGAGCAGAAGCUCUGCAAGCAUUUUAUACGGAUAGCAAUUGUUGGAAAAAGAGGAAGAAAGGUUCCUGUUCUUCUAACUCCAUCAAUGAGAGAAUCCCUUGAAGCUCUUACUGAAAGCAGAGAAGAAUGUGGGGUGCUGAAGGAUAAUGAAUAUCUGUUUGCAUUGCCACAAUCUGCCCAUUACAUCAGGGCUUGUGACUGCAUGAGGCAAUUUGUCAGUGAAUGUGCUGAAAUAAAAAAUCCUCAAGCGCUAACGUCAGUAAAACUGAGGAAGCAUAUUGCUACCCUGUCUACUGUUCUCAACCUCAAAACCACCGAACUCGACCAGUUGGCAGACUUCCUUGGUCAUAAUAUCGCUGUUCACAGGAAACACUACAGGCUCCCAGAAAGCACCCUCCAAUUAGCCAAAGUGAGUAAAGUCCUCCUGGCAAUGGAACAAGGACGCCUAGGAGAUUACAAAGGAAAAAGCCUCGAUGAAAUACAAGUUGAUGUAAAUGAGACCAUUCAAAUGGAAGGACCUUUAGAAGGGGACAUUGAAGAUGUCAGUAUGCUAGGAGAUGAGGGGUCCGAAGAUGAGGUCAACAUGUCAUCCAGACAAGAAUGUACUUCCACAUCACAAAGUCAAAACCAAGGAAUGUCUCCAACAGAUGUCAGUAUGCCAGGAGAAGAAGGGUCAGAAGAUGAGGUCAGCAUGUCGUCUUUGCAAGAAUGUACCUCCACAUCACAAGCCCAAAAACGGAGUGUCGCUGGAAAAAAGAGAGAGCUCACUGAUGGAGUGGAGAGUCUUUGUCAGUGGGUCAGCCCCCUGUAA